ACAACAGAAAACAAGCGGACGGUUCGUGUCACAAUAAUCUGAGACUGAGUUUAAUCUGAGUUUAAUCUGAGUUUACACCAGUUUGUAUGUUUAUUGAUCAGAAGCCGGACUUCCUGUCUCCAGAUUGUUCUCCCUUCAGUCUCCGGUGCAGUCGCUGCGCUGGUCGCCGCUAGGGGGCGCGGCCGCAGGACGUCGGUCGCUCUGGAUCAAUGUUCUUAUCGCUAGUUCGUCGCUAACUGUGCGUGUGAACGUGCACGGAAGUGUCAUGUGAGGACCAUGUUCAAAAACGUGUUCGGUUCCGGGUUCGUGGUGAGAACAGCUCACGUGAUUCUGACCUGGGUCAUCACGUUGAUUCUCUUCCUGCACGACACAGAGCUGAGGAAGCAGGAGGAGACGGGGCAGCUGGUCCAGCCCGUCCUCUUCGUCCUGCUCGUCCUGGGCUCGGUGCUGCUCUACUUCGCCGUGUCCCUGAUGGACCCGGGCUUCAUCCUGUCGGACCACUCUGGUCUCCAGUUCACACUGGGAGUGACCGAGGAGCAGCAGGACAUGAUCCCCCCCACCACCAAGUCCCUGAGGCAGCGCCGCUGUGGACACUGUCUGCUGCAGCAGCCAAUGAGAUCGAAGCACUGCCAGACGUGUCAGCACUGUGUGCGGCGGUACGACCACCACUGCCCCUGGAUCGAGAACUGUGUCGGGGAGAGGAACCACCGCUGGUUCGUGCUGUACCUGGCCGUGCAGCUGCUGGUGCUGCUGUGGGGGCUGCACAUCGCCUGGACGGGGCUCAGCCACGCCCCCAGCUGGCAGCUGUGGCUGCGGACCAAUGGCGUGCUGCUGGGCGUGGCCGUGCUGGAGGCGCUGCUGUCGCUCAUCGUGCUGCUGCUGCUCGGCUCUCACCUCUACCUGGUGUCCCUCAACACCACCACCUGGGAGUUCAUGUCCCGCCACCGCAUCUCCUACCUCAAGCACUGCGGCGCCGACGAGAACCCGUUCGACCGCGGCAGCGCUCAGAACCUGUGGGGCUUCUUCUGCCUGUGGGGCAGCGUGGUGUGGGAGCAGGUCUACUUCAGGGAGGGCAGCGACCAGGUGUAGGACCAGACUGAGACGUGAGGACGUGAAGAACCAACUCAACUCUCCUUGUGAUCAGUUGACCUUCUCUGUGGGCACCUGUGUUUUGUACCAGAACUCUGUAACAUUCACUCGGCAGGUUCCUCGUCUCGGAGCUUUGUUUGUGUCUCCACAUGAUUCCACAUCAGGAACAUCUGGUCCUCUGAUCUGUGAACAGAUGUUUCCUCCGAGUGAGACGUCUGCUCCUCGUUAACGUCUCUGCAGACGACCAGCAGCCGUUUACAAGCUCUCAAACUUCUCAGUUCUUUACUGCCUCACGUCUCAGGUUCUGAGUGGUUCUUCACCUCGUCCCACUGAACCCGGGUUCCACUGAAUCAUUAUGUGGAUUGUUACAGUCACAUGAUAAAUGACGAAUGGACUGUUACACAACUCUGAAGUUUAGUCUUGAUACAAUAUCUAGUAAUUAACGUAAAUAGUUUCUAUGUUCACUAAAUCUAGAGAUUUAUACAGAUUUGUUACCGUUUGUUUUCCAGGUUCGUUCGGUUUCACAUGAAGUGAUUGAAUCGUCUUAUUUAUUCUGUAGAGAAGAUCAACAGAGUCUGUUCGGACUGAAGCUGUUUCCACACUGAUACGUUCAGUCCUCGAUGAAACACUGAUCAUCUUCAGCUUGAGGAUUUCAUCAGCGUUAUGUUUUCAGAAUCACGUUCCUCAGACUGUCCAGCUGCAGCUCCUCUCUUCAGCCUCUGUCUCAAACACUGGCUUCUAGCUCCUGUCUCUUUAAGACCCCCCCCCCCCCCUCCUGAUAAAGACCAGCUCUGAUUGGACAGUUGGAUGUCGGCCUCCUCACAGAUGAAAACUGGUCAGUCCUUUAUUAACGCUUUAAUAUUGAAGUGUUUCCGGGGAGGUGCUUCCUGUACGAGCUUCAUAACACCUGGCAGUUUUUAAUUUCUAAAACUGAAACGUAUUAGUGGAAGCAGCCAAAGUCUGAGACUCUUAUUCUCUUUUUAUUUAAUGGUUGAAAAAACUGACUGUAUCAUAACUUGUGCUCAAUGUGACCACGAUGUCCAGAAGACUUUGACUUUCAAGCUAUUUUAUAUUGUAUUUAUCAUUUUGUAACUAUUUGGAAGCAGAACACGUCUUUAGAGUUUUGUACGAGUGAAGUUUAGAUGAAGUGAAACUGGAGCAGAGAUUGUUUGUGCAAUAGAAACCUGGUGAAAGAGCAAUAAGUGUGAAGUCGACCUUCAUGUACAGUAAGUGAGGAAUUAACUUAUCUUAUUUAUAUGAAUUCAUUAGUGUUCCUCUGGAUUAUAUGCAAAACUGUCAUGCAAUGUUUUUUACUACUUUGAAAAUGACUGUAAACAUAAAUAAAUAAAUGUUUGAUGAAUUAAAUUUA